AUGAAUACAUUAAAUGAGAUGAGUGAUGAAGAAUUCGUGCCAUUUCUGCACAAUUUAGGUGUAGAAACAUACAAAAAGUCAUUUGAGUGGAUGUUAAGUGACCGCGAUUUUGCAGGUGUUUUACGAUGGCUAUACAACAAUUUAGAUCACAAUAAUGCCCUUACUGCUCGUGAAGAAUGCCGAUACCUAGAACUUGAAAAGAAAGGUCUUCUCUUAUCGCCGGAAGAUUUAGAAACUUCAAUCUUGGAUAUACAGCAUCAAUAUGAGAGUAUCUGUUUACCUGGAGAUAAGGAGGCUGUGGAAGAUGUUAAAUUAGACAUACAUAUGAUGAAGGAGCGACUUAGUAUGUUAGAGAAACAAGAGGCUAUGUUUGAGGAUUUGAAAAAGCAGAAUGAAUUGCUAAAAGAAGAACUUAACUUGGAGAUAACAAAGUUGAACUCAGCUCAUCAACAGUUUGUUGAAGAUGAAAAUACAGCAGCCGAUGACUGCAUGUCUCUCGCCCAAGAGGUGGAGUCUCUCACUGAAGGAGUGGUAGAUGUGAUAGCUGAUACCCUCGAUGUUUAUAGUACAUGUCAUGUAGAUAAGGAACAUGCAAAAAAGUUUUUCACAUUUGGUCCUUUCGAGUCAUACAGACAGUCUCAGGCGUUGUUCCGAUCCCACUUUGAUCUGUUUGCAUCUAAAAAGAUUGCAAAGGUACAGAAUGAUAUAGCAUCUGAUGAGGAGCUGCGAUCAGCACUAGUGGAGGCCAACCAAAUGGAAGAGAGAUUAACCGAUGCUGUAUGGGCCUAUAUAGAGUCAAAAGCGGAGCUGAGUGGUGAGCAGGCUAAGUUGGCUCUUGUCACUAACUACAAAGAUGUGCAUCCUUCGCAAAUCACCACUUGCUUAUUGGAAGCUCAAAGUGCAGUGGAACUAUUAGAACAAGAGGAAUCGAUCCUGUACCAGCAGUUGCACCAGGCCGUCAAGCAAUUGGUGGACGCGAGGACCGCGCUCGCCGUCGAGACCACAGCCAGUUGUGCGCUGGCAGUCAGACAGCAGGUGCAGUCGGCGCUGUGCUCAGCUCUAGAGGCGUGCGCGUGCGCACUGCGGCUGGACCGCGCGCUCUACACCGCGCUGCGUCACGAGCUGCGCACCGUGGAGCAGCUCCUGCACUUCGCGCACCAGCUCAAGCACUACGUGCGGGACGAGGGGGACGCCGUGCGGACCAGGAUCGAUGCCAUGAACGAAAUUUAUGCAGAACAAACGGCAUGCGAAGUAAAGUUAAACGCUUCCGACAUUUUGUUACAAGCUUUACACGUGAUACUCAGUGGACAGACUGGCAGUGAUACUCAAUUAUUAGUGAAACAGUAUUCUGAGCUACUGAGUGACGUAAAUGACUUGAAAGAGAGCGUUUAUGAAGAAUACAAGAAUAAGGAGAAGGCCUUAGUUGAUUUCAAGUCUCGUACGCAACCCCUCCAGCGCUGCGUGUGGGGCGGGUCGGGGCGCGGGGCGCGGCGCGGGUCGGUGCGCGCGGCGCGGGCGGCGCACGCGCUGGCGCAGCGCCACACCGACGCCGACGCGCACGUGCUCGCCGCCACCGGCCGGUUCGCUGCCGUCAAGAAUGGUGAUAAACAGCACCUGAGAAAGCUCUGGCAGUGGUUCCUGACAGAUCCUGCUAAACUAUUGUCGACUUUAAAAAACGCCAACUGCAAGUUUUAUGAUUAA